CUUUCAACGUCUUUCCAACAUUCUUGCUUCAGUAGGUACUUCUUGUUGAACUCUUCCCAUGUACUCAUAGGACGGUUUCAUGAAAAUUAGUGUGGUGUCUUGAGACAGAAAACACGGCAACCUGUCCAGCGUUGGCCACACCCCUGAACGUUGGUUUCUCCUGCACACCCUACCUUAUUCGCUAGAAUCAGACGUCUCCGCACCCGACAAGCUGGAUCCGAGGACAAAUUCGUACAUCUGAGGCAAGAGAGUCUGCAAUUGAGAUUGCCUUCCCUAUAUCGGGCUCGCCCCGAGCUGCCAUCCGCUUGCCGUUGGUCCGUUGACCUUGUCGAUCUCCCUGCGCCAAUAACCAUGGGGAGAGGCAGAUGCAGAGGUAAGAACAGGAGCCAGGCACCAAAGUUGAGGAAGAUAGAGGCGUGCUUGCGCGCCUACGUUGACAUCUUCUGUUUCAAAACCCCUGAAUCCUUGAUUGUGAAAUGUACCUUCUCCUGUGUGUGGUCGAGACACACAUGCGAAACAAGAUGAAGGCAAUACCAUCUGCCAAGUGUUGGUAGAGGUGUAAACAUGCCAUCUUGAUUUCGAGCAAGCGCUUGUAGAUGCAUACACAGCCUAACCAAACGGCGGCUACACGCUGGAAAGUAGCUAAAAAGGCAGGCGGGCGUAUCUUUCCCAACCGUCUCUUACAGCCUGCUUUAUUUAGUAAUCUUACAUUCGUUUCUGUACUCGGCGCUUUUGUUUCUGCUGUCCAUCCUUCUUUUUGCUAUUUCUGAGCAUGUCCUGACACAAAAUAAACCUUGAAAUCAUGAAGGAGUCUUUGUUCCUCCUGAUCUUCCUCGAACUGACUUCGAGUAUUGUCUCUGCAUGGCCACAAUCUCGACAUGAACUUUUGAAGAAAGCAGGCACGAAUUCUGUACUUCAGGCGGAUCUGCGUCUGCCAACGUCCAACUCGUCAUUUUUUGAUCUCAGAGCGAGACAGGAUAUCGAUCAGUCCACCUGUGGCUUCCUUGACGGAGACAUCAAUUCGCCUCGAACAGCAGGACCUGGGUUCAACUGUCGUUUCGAUACUGCUAAUGGCUUGUGGGGUUUCUGUCCGACCACAGUGAUCAACGCGAAAGACUGUGGACUAGCUGGAAAUUGCGUGGAUUCUCAUUCCUGCAAGUCAGGUUGUGGUGUCACUGGUACUCCUGGAAUAACGACGUUUUCGUGCACUGAGCCGGGAGCAGGAUUCUGCUCGAGCGUUUUAUUGACAGCGGGUGCGGAUCUAGUCUUCUCAUAUAUCGCUUGUGGGCCACUCGCUAUUACGCAGACUUUGUUGGCACUGCCAACUCCAGCGACAUCAACAACGAGCAAGAGCACGUCUAAGACGGCUGCGGUAGCCUCAAAACCGUCGCCAUCUGCUUCCUCGACCACUCAGUCCAUAAUCUCGAGCUCAUCUCAGGCCCCAACAACGAGUCCUGCAACGUUGAAACCGUUAAAUUCCCUAUCAGCAUCUGGCUCGGGCUCGCCGUCAAUAACUUCUUCUUCAUCGUCCUCAUCAUCAUCUGCUGAGCUCCUAGGCUCUACGAGCUCCGCUGCAUCAGGUUCAACAACAGCAUCCGAUGAUACACCAGAUGCAGCUGGAUCGAACAAUCUUGGAGUGAUCAUUGGAGGAAUCGUCGGCGGUCUAGCUGUGAUAUGUGCAUUUGUGUUGGGGAUACUUUAUCUGUGGAGACGUCGAAGAAACCAGAACAAUGAUUCUGUUUCCAACAAUAAAAGGAACACAUGGUGGAAGACUGGAUAUAGGACUACAGAUAUGCAGACCGGUGGUCUCCAUGAGAAAGACGCUGAAGUGCCCGUAAGGUACGAGUCAGGGGGAGACGGCAUCUUUGAGAAACCUGGAAGUGUGCCUAAUGUAGUAGGAAGAGAGAAGGGAGAGCAUCGACGAUAUACUGCGUACGAGCUUCCGAGUUAGGCAGAAUGGUUGUCUGUACUGAAGAUUCAUGCGAGGACACAUGUGGUGGCGCCUGAAUACAGAAUGUCUGGACAGAAGCUGGCAAAUCAAAUGGCAAAGAAAUCAAAAGUGACCAGCUUAGGAGCUCUUAUUUGACAGAGU